AUGUCGCGGUCCGGCAGAAGCAAUGUUGCUGCUGCGAGUAGUAGGGAGCCACCAUCGUCGGGUGGCAUAUUCUCUGUCCCUGCGCCGAUAAAGCAACUUUUCGACCAAUUCCCGCUGCUCACAUACCCCGUCAACGAGUUCCCACAGCGAGCACCACAACACCCCAAUGCACAUGUGCUGUACGUCUUCACUACAGAAGAAGGUGCUCUUCGAGGGGCACCAUCCUACAACCCAGCAUGCCUGAAAUGGCAGGCAUAUCUCAAGUUCUCCAAGAUACCGUUCCGGAUAGCCUCAGCGAAUAAUCAUGCGUCUCCAAGUGGCUCUUUGCCAUUUAUUCUCCCUUCGUCAGAUUCAACCAAGCAACCACAACCUGUACCGUCGAAUAAGCUGCAGCGCUGGGCAAUGAGCAAUAGCGACAAGGCAAUUGAAGAGCCAGGAGAUGCGCAAUACGAGGCAUACUUGAGUUUGAUAGAUCACCGGAUACGCAGAGCUUGGCUCUACGCUGUGUAUCUCUCUCAGAAUUCCACAACCAUUGCCGAGCCUCUGUAUAUCCUGCCGACCUCGCGCAACUCGUUUGUACGUCUGGUAAUAUCCCGCGAACUGCGCCUAGCCGCCGAAGCCGAACUCGCCAAAUUCUCCAGCAUCAUCAGCGACGAGACAUUGUAUAACCAGGCAAGCGAGGCUUUUGCUGCACUGGAAACGCUGUUGGGAAAGGACGAUUGGUUCUUUGGAGCGCAGAGGCCGGGCUUGUUCGAUGCGAGUGUUUUCGCAUACACACAUUUGCUAUUGGAUGAUAAGCUGGGCAAGGGAUGGGUGGACACGCGGUUGCGCGACGCGCUAAUGGCAUGCAGACGCCUGGUCACGCAUCGAGAGCGGAUUUUGACCAAGUAUUUUGAGAAGUCAGGAUAG